AUUUAAUUUAAAUAUUAUAGAAAAGUUUCUUAAAAUGAGUAUUCAUAGGCACUCACAGGAUAUCAAGAGCGACCCUGAUUCUAAAGAGAUAGAUAUAAUAAACUCUGUACGAAUUAGCAAAGAAUCAGACAAAAAUUCCAAUCUGAAUACAUCUGAGAAUAAAACUAUGUUAAUAAACGAAAGUCAGAGGAUUCACAAGGCUGCCAACAGUUGAAGUUCAGAUAACACGAUAAUCAGGAAAUAUUCUAAAGAAGAGCUCAGCUCUGCUAGCAAUCAUAGAGAUAACACAGGCAGAAGGAGGAUAAAAGAGUUUCCAACUUUGACCUUUGACCCAAUAUUUGAACUACUGCCUGAAUUGUCUCCUGAGAUACUAGAGCCAUUGAAAAAGAAACUCAAGGAGUUAACUACUAACUUCAUAGCUCGAAUACGGCAGUACUAUAAUACUGGUUCAAAAUCUCGACUUCGAGCUUACAAGAGCUCAAUCGAGAGCUCUCAAGAAGAUCUAAACCUUAAUGAUCCUAAAACAGUGAAUGAUGAAACAAUAAUGUUGAAUAAGGAAUAUGCCACUAAAGAGAGCAUGGAUUUAAAAUAAAAGAGAUGUCACAGACUUCAAGGUGACUAAGAAAAUCUCAGCUGCAAACUUUGAUACCCUCGGAAUACCUGAUACAAGUAGUGAAGAGAGUGGCAAAAAUGCACAUUUUAAGAGACCAUCGAGCAAAAUUAACAUCUACGAUAGCCAGGAGGGGGAUAUUAUUGACCCAAUUUACACUCAGGAUUUUCCCCAGUUUCCUCAGCGAAAAGCGCAGCUACAGAGGCAAGGAUUCAAGACUGCAGAGAGCUUCUACAAUCCAACACUAAAGAACUACAUAAAGAGUUCUGAUCUAUCAAAGAGAGCCUUCUUCACAGGAGAGGAACUUAAGAAAAAUGAUGUGUAUAACAGAUUGUUCAAGGACUCCAAAAUAAAAUAAGAUCAAGGGCGACUUGUUAGGCAAUGCUAUUGAAUCUGAAUUCAUUGAAUUCCUUAAAUAUAAGAGUCUCAAUAAGCUCUCACAUACUCACUCCCAAGAGAGCAGGAGAGAUCGAGAGGAAUCACUCGAAAGGAUGAAGCUCAAAAGUAAAUAAAGAGUCUAAACUAAGCAUCAUUGGCAUUCAGUCUAGAGUUUCUAAACCCCAGAAUUGACUUUGCCAGAAACUGAUUAGGAAAUACAACAUUGGUAAGAUGAAUCUACAAUCGGAAUUUGAGAUUAUGGAAGAAAUUGAAGGAAUCAUUAACAAUACCAAGCUCAAAUCAACUCUUAACAAAAAUGAGCAGAUUAAGCCCGAAGAUUAUCUACAAGAUACAGCUGAAGAUCUACCGAUGAAUGAGAUGAAAUCCCUCUAUCUAACAGAACCUUUGAUUCCAAAGACUAGAGAAAUUACUCGGAACAACAAUCUAAAUUACGGUGGUUUGGCAGAAAAUGCUAAGGAUAUUGGAAGAAAAACUACUCAAUUAAGACCUAAAACUAAAUAGCUCGGAAACUUGCAGCGCUCGGUCUAAAUCCCACCACUCUCAUGGCUAUGUGCAUGUUGCCAUAAGAAAGCGUGACCCUCAAAAUUCAUAUGAGGAACCUAGAAAUACGACUGUUCAUAUAAACUCUGAGUACCUCAAACAAGCCAACCAGAGGUUUCUCAGAAGGGCUAACAGAAAUAGGAAGGUUUACAAAUAACGCACUUAAGUAUGGAACAGCUACAAAUAUUUACAAAGGACAUAAGCAAAUUUAAGAAUUCUCAACACCAAUCAUUAACUAUGAGCUCGUCCAAAAGAAAGCACCAAGGCGAAGCAGAAAGUUUGUUUAUGAUUAGUUCCCUAGCGAGUGAGAAAAUGAGACCGAUCACUAAUGCAAUGAAGAUCAGAGAGUUCAAAGGACAAAAAGAUCUGAGAAAGAUAAAUAUUGAUGCACGAAAGGUACCCACCAAGAGUCAAGAGAGAAUCAGCCAACAAAUUAUUGAUUAUCAGAAGAGAACUGAUAAUUUGGACCUCCCUGGCGUCCAACUUCCAUAUUCUGAGAAUUUAGUUUCAAAUCAAGUGAAGGAAGAGAAGCCUCCAAAAUCUGAAUCAAGGAUCUUGGUGAGUAAAGAGUCAGAAAUUGUAUCCGAAAAGGAACCAAGCGAGAACAAUCUUGAUAGAAAAUAUUCUGAACCUCUAAGCAAUAUGUAA